AUGGGCGUGACGGUCCGGUCUCCGAGCGGCGACAGACGAGCAGAAAUGGAGCGCGAGCAGCUUGAACGACAGCGCGAGGCCCAGGCCGCAGCCGCGGCGGCACGCGCCGCGGCCGGCGGAGGCGCCGCGCGCUCCGAGGAGGCCCGCCCAACCGACGAUCGAGAGGACACGCCCCAAUCGGUAUUGCUAAUGCCGAAAACCCCGAGGAGGGCUCCAGAAAGGUUAGCCCAAGGACACGAACCAGGCCCGUCGGCACCGCUCCCUGAUCCCGGGGCGGCCUCAUUCCCCGGUUUACCAGCGCGCGCGGACGCGACCCUGAACCCCGAACCCCGCGCAGCGCCACCGAUUUCCGCCUCAGUGCGGGACGAACGCCUACGAUCUUCACGGGCAUCGGUAACAUCGCGUGCGUCUAUGAUGGAGCUACGUAGACAAAUCGCACAGCAAGAAUCUCAACGGAAGCUGAUUGAGAUAUCUCGCCGAGAACUACAAAUUGAACGCGAGCUUUUAGAGCUCGAUCAUCAAAUCGAGCUGAGCCAGCUCGAAAUUGAAAAUAAAGAAGCUGGAUCGAGUUCGUCUAACAAAUCGAUGGUUAAUAUACAUAAUAUAAAUGAUUGGCUAGAAGAAAAUCAUAAUAAUAUUAACAUAAGUGAUAACGACGAAGCAAGCCCGGACGGCGGGGGGCCCCGCGCGUCCUCUCCGCGUCCGCCGCGCCACAUCGUGACCGCUCCCGCGCCGCCGGCCGUGGCCGCGCGCGAGCCGCAACGGCCAUUUCAGUCACCCCCGCACAGCCGACGCGUGCGCACGCCGCCCGCGCGGCCGGCAGAUGUAUGCGAACGUACGUGCGAACGCCGACAGUACGAAGUAUGUAAUAAAGUGCAAUGCGCCGAUUACUGUAGAUGUGGCUCGCGGGAACAGUCGUCGAGUGCGACGGCAAAUCUGGAGCAAGUUAUGUCACAGUUAGUGGCACUGAACAGCAGACCGGCGUCGUCAAAACAUGUAUGGGAUUUACCCAUAUUCACAGGACUUCCAAGUGAGUGGAUUACAUUUUAUACUGCUUAUACUGAGUCAAGUAGCCGAUAUAAAUUUAGCAACUGGGAGAACCUAUCCCGGCUAAGACAUUGCCUUAGAGGCGAAGCGAGAGAUUGCGUCCUGCAUAUGUUAGUGUCAUCGGCGGACCCGGAAUUGAUUAUGAGAGUUUUAAAAAAGAAUUUCGGCCGGUCCGACCUUCUAAUAGAUAAGGCGCUGAAUGAACUGCGAAAGUUACCGAACCUGGGGCCCAGUGCCGUAGAUCUGAACGACUUUGCCACUAGAGUAGUGAACAUCGUGACGACACUUGCAAGUUUAGACCGACGUGCGUACGCAAAUAAUCCCUUCCUUAUACGAGAAAUUACAGAACGCCUGUCACCCCACGUACGAUCGCGCUGGUGUGAAUAUGCAGAAGACAAGCUCGAGCAGGCCGAGAGCGAGCUGGCGCUUAUGGUGAACUUCCUGCUUGACCUAAGUGACAAGGAGCUGCAAUACAGUCAUGCGCGCGGAGGCGGCAUUCGUCGCGGAGCGCCGGCGCCUUCGCGUGCAGACGCGCGUGGAGGUCGACGACCUCCGGCAUCGAACCAUCAGCUGUCAAGUGGUGGAGCGGCCCGCAAGUAUAAUAACUCUAACCGUGUGCAAACAUAUACUACUGACAAAAUAGAACCUUGCCUGUGCUGUGGUGGCGUGCACCCUGCCACAGAGUGUAAACGUGUGUUAAAUAUGAGUGUCGCGGCUCGAUGGGAAUGGGCGAAGAAUAAUAAGAUUUGUUUUAAAUGUCUUGACAGGAAACACAGGCGUGGCAGCUGUAAGGCAGGUGUGUGCGGAGAGCAAGGAUGCCAGCACCCGCAUCACCGGCUGCUCCAUGAUGAAUCUACACUCCUACGAAGGGAACUACAGUCUUCACGGCGUGACGAAGCAGCCUCAGCGACACCUGCUAGCGCGCCCCUCGAGCCAGAACGCGCACAGAGAGAGCACACGUUGAUGACGGCGGAACGAGAGAGGGCGCCACCAGCGCACCACUUCGUGCUGAACACAGAGCACCAGGAGCCGUCAGAUGUUUUACUUAAGGUAAUACCUAUACUUUUAUCGGGACCGACAGGCGAGAUCAAAUGCUACGCGCUUUGUGACGACGGCUCGACGAUUAGUCUGUGCGAGGAGUCGCUGGCCAACGCCGUGGGUGCCGUGGGUGACGAAGCGCCACUACACAUCAACGGGAUUGGUCCGAUGUCAACAAUAGAGCCUAGCCGACGCGUGACGGUGCAAAUACGCGGGCUGACCGGAGGACAUACGCAUCUCGUGAGACUUAGAACGGUAAAAGACUUAGGUAUAAACUCUCAACAAGUGCCAAGAACUUUGAUCGACCGAUACAAGCACCUGAGGGGCCUACAAGAGGCCACGUAUGACACCGCGACGCCUCGAGUGCUCAUCAGAUCGGACAACUGGCACAUGAUAAUUCCACUUGAAGCACGGACCGGAACGAAGGAUGAACCUGCUGCAGUUAAGAUAGAUCUUGGCUGGUUAAUAUAUGGACGCGCGCCGCAGACCCCGCGGCGAGCUGAACGAGUGUUACACCUCUCACAAGCGAGCGAACGAGACGGUGAGUUGAACAAACAAUUACAGCGAUAUUUUGAAAUCGACUCGCUGGGGAUAAAGCUGAUCGAUAAGGUGCGCCCGCAGGACGAACGAGCGCAAAGGUUGUUCAACGAGACUGUAAAGCAAGUGAGUACAUCAGAAGGCCCAAGAUACGAAGUAGGGCAACUAUGGCGUGAUGAUGACCCUAGACUACCGCCUAGCUACAACAUGGCCCUAACAAGACUACGCGGAAUAGAACGGAAGAUGAAUAGGGAUCCGAACUUCGCUGCGAAAUACACUGCGCAAGUAGAUAAUUUACUGAACAAGGGAUACGCUGAGAGAGUAAAUGAACCAGGUCUAGAUCCAAGAUCAUGUUAUCUCCCUCACUUUCCUGUCCACAAUCCGAACAAACCAAAGAAGAUCCGUCUUGUAUUUGAUGCCGCAGCAUUAAAUCAGGGACAAAGCCUGAACAACUUCAUUCUUGAAGGACCAGAUAUGUUACAAUCACUUUUGGGUAUAAUUUUACGCUUCAGGGAAGGCGCGUUUGCUGUGACUGCAGACGUAGAAGAAAUGUUCCUGAGAAUCCAGAUCCGUGAAGAGGACAGAAACUCACAGAUGUUCCUGUGGCGAGCGGCGCGCCGAAGCGGCGUCCCUGAUGUGUACCGAAUGAAGUCAAUGGUAUUUGGUAUCGCGAGCUCACCGUUCCUCGCACAUUCGGUAAGAAAUUAUAAUGCUUACGCUCACGAGAACCGCUACCCGAGGGCCCUAGAAGACAUAGUUAGAAACCACUACAUGGACGACUAUGUUUCAAGCUAUGAAAACGAAGCAGAUGCUAUCGCGUGCGCCGAAGAGGUAUCCGCUUGCCACCAGCAGGCUGGAUUUCAUCUCCGUGGGUGGUCUAGUAACUCGACACUUCUCAUAGAACGGAUCCCAGAGGAAUUACGAGCCGACACACCCGCGCCGAUUGGCGAUAAGGAGCAAAAGGUAUUGGGUUUAACCUGGGAUGCAAGAACAGACCAUCUAGGCUUCAACACUACCAUGAUCCGAGUCCCUAGCGAUGUUAAGGAACUUAAAAGGGCUCCGACGAAAAGAGAGGCUCUCAGCGCAGUUAUGAGUAUUUAUGAUCCGUUGGGAAUAAUCUCGUAUUUCUCAAUUACAGCAAAGAUCCAGCUACAGCGACUCUGGGGCCUAGGUUUGGAUUGGAACGCUCCGCUGCCACCAGACGAGUGCGAGGAGUUCCAGACAUGGCUACGAGCGCUGGAUCACGUCGGUGGACUGCGCAUCCCCCGCCACUACGGACCUAUGGAAAUGGUGAGACGAACCCUCCAUAUUUUUGUUGACGCAUCCUCACAAGCAUACGCAGCGGUCGCUUACUGGCGUAUCGAAAGACGAGGGGAGGUCUAUGUCAGCCUGAUCGCGGCAAAGGCUAAAGUGGGACCAACGCGCUCUAUUUCGAUACCACGAGCGGAGCUACAGUCGGCCUUGAUCGGAGCUCGACUGAAGAAGACUAUUAUAGAACAACACAGGUACGAGGUAGCGGAAGUCGUCAUGUGGUCUGACAGCCGAACGACACUCCACUGGGUAAGGGAAAACGCACGCCGCUACAGCGCCUAUGUCUCGCACCGCCUGGGCGAGAUAGCCGAACUCACGGAACCAGAACAGUGGCGAUGGGUGCCGACACGCCAGAACGUCGCAGAUGACGCCACUCGAGCGGACAGCACACGUGAGUUUGACAUAACACACAGAUGGUUCCAAGGACCCGCCUUUUUACGGCUACCAGCUACAGAAUGGCCACAAGAACCGUCGAACCAGCCAGAACCAGAGCUAGAAGUACUGGAAGUCAAACAGUGCUUAGCGAGUCGCGAGGUUGCCUCGCCACCGCUGCCCGAUGUGAGCCGAUUUUCAAGCUACGACCGGUUACUUGGAACAACUGCACGAAUGUUGCAAUUUAUUGACAUUUUAAAAUCUAAAACUAAGAUGAACUUACAAACCGAACAUAUUUUGGCCGCUGAACGUUUACUAUUGCAGAGAGCGCAGAAGGAGGACUUCGCCGACGAACUUCGGAGCCUCCACCGCGGCGAGCCUCUGACCAAAGGCAGCCCGCUCUUCGAACUGGACCCCGAGCUCGCACCUGACAACGUGCUCCGCAUGCGGGGGCGCAUCGACGCCGCGCCCGUGCCUAUCAACAAGAGGCCGGCCAUUCUACACGGACGUAACCGGUUGGCCAGACUUAUUAUAUUUAGAAUGCAUAGAAGAGCGGCACACGCUAACAAUGAACGAGUUGUAAACGAUGUUAGACAAGAAUAUUGGAUAUUGCGCCUAAGACCGACUGUGCGUGCUAUCGCAAGCGCUUGUCAACUCUGCCGAAUUAGAAGAGCGACUCCGCGCGCUCCGCCUAUGGGAGAUUUGCCGCUGUCGCGCAUAGAGCCAUUUUGUAGACCCUUUACAAACACUGGUGUAGAUCUAUUCGGUCAUAUUACAGUUACCAUCGGGAGGAGACACGAGAAGCGCUGGGUGGCGCUCUACACCUGCCUAACGACCCGGGCGGUGCACCUGGAGCUGGUGCAUUCCCUCAGCACUGACUCCGCCAUCAUGUCACUUCGCAUGGCCGCGCGGCGGGGCUGGCCCCGCACGAUGUGGAGCGACAACGGAACCAAUUUCCGUGGCGCUACAGCGGAGCUACGGGCUGCCUACGAAGAAUGGCUGCCCGCACUGCAGCAAUACGGCCUGCAGUAUCGCCUGGACUGGCGGUUCAUUCCCCCCGGUGCCCCGAACCAGGGCGGUGCCUGGGAGCGAAUGGUCCGCUCUGUGAAGACUGCUCUCAUGGCCACGCUACACUCGCGAGCGCCCAAGGAAGAGGUGCUUGCGACUCUACUGGCCGAGGCCGAGGCGUGCGUUAACGCUCGGCCUCUCACACAUGUCUCGGUCGAUCCACGCGAUCCCGAGACACUGACACCGAACCACUUCCUGCUCAAUGGCCCCACGGGGACCCCUCUCACUGGUCCCUGUGGCGAGGUCAACCGAAGAGCCUGGAAGGUCAGCCAGGCACUCGCCGACUCCUUCUGGCGUCGCUGGGUGCGCGAGAUCCUACCCACCCUCGCCCCGCGACGAUCCUCGGCGACGGGCGAGCGGCCACUAGCGGUCGGCGACCUAGUCAUCGUCGUCGACCCCUCACUACCACGCAACGUAUGGCCUCGCGGCAUAGUUGAGCGAAUCUACCCGGGCCCAGACGGCGGCGUUCGCAGCGCGGAGGUGCGGACCAAGGGCGGCGUCUUCAGAAGACCCACGACCAGGCUGGCUGUCUUGCCGGUCGAUCGAGAGUCGACGUAG